AUGAUCGGCCGCAAUCUGCUCGUCAUCGCCACUUUGCUGCUGAUGCCUGAGCCGACCCAGUCGCUCGCGCGCUGGAUCAGCCCCGAUACCGAGUUCCGUCGAGCGCAGGAGACCCGUAACUGGGGCUUCACCCUGGUCUUCAGUAAACUGAAGUUUGACCCGCUUCGGUCGAAUACCGGAGCCAAAAUCAGGUUCUACGUUGCAGCGUCGACAACAUGGGCUCGGCCGACUUUUCUCGGCGAAUACAGCGAUGACAAGGGCUGGGACGGAGCCCCGGACGUACGCUUCGUGAUUGACCGAUUUCGCGGGCGCCCAAUUUAUGAGCAAUACAAGCGCGGCCUGCCACUCAAACUCCUUGCCGACCACGACGGUCAAGGUGUCGAGGAGGGCUUCUUCAAUUUCACCGAAGAGCAAAUGCCCUUCGAAUGGAACGGAAAAUACGGCGGUUUGCGCGGACGUAUCAACCAAGACUGCAUGGGAUACCCGCGCAGAGAGUUUCUCUGCCACUCAACCUGCAAGCAACCGCACUGUCGAGGCGACCCGGUGCUGAGCCUGUGGAUCGAUUGGGUGUACAGUAGUGAUAUCAUGCCUUUGUUGUUCGUUUCUGACCCUGAGAAACGUCACCGGGAACGCCGCGAGUCGGUCAGCAUUUUCACCGGCAUCCUCUUCUUGCUUGUGCUGCUGUUUGCGGCGCUGACCGUUUACAGCUACCGUAAGCGCCUGGCGAAGAAGUAUCGAAAGCGCAAGGAGCGCAAGGACAAGCGUCUGCAAGUGAAAGCCGCUACAAGACUCGGCCACGACAAGUGCGCCACACCAACUGGCGUCACCAUUGAAAAGUCCGAAGACGCUCCACAGAUUGCCAACAAGGGCUGCUGCGCGAUUCGAAAGACAAAAGCGUCGCCAUCUGACCCGAAGGCCACAUCCAAGGCCGCGUCGACGACGAGUCCAAAUGACGUGGUACGGGACGAGAGCUCGGUGCCGACCACUGGUCAGCAGACAGGCGCGGCUGUCGAGGUCGCCAAGAAGACUCCAAAGGCGUUCUGGAAAGGCAUUUGGGCCGUCAAGAAAUCGAAGGAAUCGAGGACAAAGAAAAACCAGCCACCAGAGCCAAAAGCCCUGUCCAAGAGCAAAUCGACGAUCCCAAAUCUCGUUGGACGAGGAGAGAGCUCGGUGCCCACGACUGGUCAGCAGACAGGAGCGGCUGCCGAGGCCCCCAAGAAGAAGUUUCUGAAGGGAAUCUGUGUCCCUAAGAAACGGAAGGAAUCGAAGGAAUCCAAUUCAAAGAAGGGCCUGACCAAGUCCAAGACGGCAUCUACGCCGAAAUCACUUCCCGGCGGAGACGGCGCUACAAGGCCCGUGGCUGCUGGCCCAUUCGACUGCAAUGUCGACCACAAAGAAUCUGAUGAUCGUCUCGUGAAUGGCUGUGACGCACCGGGCAUCGUCCAGAUGAACUACGCC